UAAUUUGUACGGCUCCUGUAGCUCAUUUUUACUCCAGGCAACGCACGAACGCAAAUCCUUCUAAGGAAUUGCCAGCGCCAUCAAUACAGCUCUAAUCUUUUGCCAAGGCUUUCACUGUAUAGCAUUCUAAUCCACCUUAGUUAAACAUUCAACUGUUUGCAGCAGAACGACGACGCCUACUGAGGGUUCAGGUGCAGAGCGCAUACCAGAGCGAUCAAUCCUUCCAGUGCUUGGUUGAUCAUAAAUCGAUUGCGGGCGGUGACGCCCGCGCGGCCUGUGGGUCGCCAUGUCGGAAGCCGGCUCGGCGCAAUUGCUUGCCGCGCAGCAGCAACAGCAGCUUGAUGGGGGCGACGACCAGCUUGACCCGCAUGUGGAAUUUCUCCAACAGCUGCUGCGCGACAAUGAGUUCCUGCAGCGGGAGAAUUUAUUGUUUGAGGCUUUUCUGGCCAAGGUGGACAUGAGCAAGUUGGGGUCUCUGGCGGAGGAGGAUGCCGCCAAGAAGAAGAAGGCGGCUCGCAAGACCGCCCUGCCGGUGCCCUCCCAGGCGGGGGGAGGGGGGAGGGGCCCCGGGGGAGGCAAGGGCGAGGGGUCGUUCUCCGCCCUGACCGACGAGGAGAAGAACGACCUGGUUAGCCAGGAGGUGGAGAUGGUGCAGGCGGAGAUUGAGGCGAUUAAGAAGGCGGGUGACAAGGACAUUGACGACAUCCGCACGCUGAUGGAGGAAGUGGACAUGAGGAUUGCGGAGACCAAGAAGGACACGUACGAAUUCAAGCGGGACAUCAUCAUAGGGGCCGAGAACCCGCGAACUGGAAAGGUGGUGGCGGAGAAGAUGAUUCGGUUCCUGGAGGACAAGCUGCGUCAGAAGGACGGCACCGCGGAUAAGUUGCGGCUUAAGAACACCACCACUAAGGCGCUCAUCACCAAGCUGGAACACCAGCUGGCGCACAAGGAGGAAAUGGGCGAGGUACUUCAUCUAGUAGACUUUGACCAGCUCAAAAUUGAGAACCAGCAGUACAUGGAGCGAAUUGAGGAACGCAACAACGAGCUUCUCAAACUUAAGCUUUCCACAAGUCGGACGGUGCAGGUUCUGAAUCACCUCAAGUCCCAGUUGAGCGACAUGGUGGCAGCGGGCCACUCGCUGAGGAGGCAGAUCCUGGAAAGGAAGCAAGACCUGGCCAGGUUUGACGCCGAGUACACGUCCGUACUGGAUGAGAAAGGACGGGGAGAGCGCACUGUACGGCGCCUCAAGUUGGAGCAGGAGGACAUCGACACGCCCACCAUCAUGGACUACAUAAAGCUAAAGCACGAGGUUUCGGAGCUGGAGAAGCAACUUACGGACUGGCGCCGCAAGAUCGACAUUCUGACUAUGGAGAAGUCCAGAAAGCGCACACUGCUGAAGACGGUCGCCACCACCACGCUGCCCAUGCCGCAUCGGCCCGGGCCCAGCAGCGGAGGGGCUAUGUGAGCGCCGGUGCAGCGCGAUCACCGCCGCCGCCGCCGCCGCCGCCGACCCCAGGGGCAGCAACCGUGCACUCCCAACCUAGCAUGGGCAGCGGCAGCACCGCCGGCUGUCGAAACCUUCGAUGUGAUCUGUUGUGGUGGUGCUGAGGGUGGUGGUGGGGUGGUAUGGCGCGGUUGGGAAGAUCGGGCUUUCCGGUUGUCGCGGCAGUGCACCUGAUUUUCUUAUGAUGUACAAUGGCAGUGCGCGGCGGCUGGUGAUGGGUUAUACCGGAACCCGAUUAGCGGAGGGCUGCGAUGUCCUGUUUGGCUCAUAGGUUUGGGUCCUAAGUUUGGGUCCUAAGUUUGGGUCCUUCCUAAGUUUCAUGGUGGGGAGUUCUUCAGGGGGGAGUUCCUCGGAAUGUGAUGGGGGGUGUGUGUGGGGGGGAAUUGCAGAGGCAUCUUGAGACGACUGCAAGGAUUGUAGAGCGCCGGGCUAUGUGUGCUGCUGCAGAUGAGAGGUCUCUCAUCAAAAAGGCGCGGCAAGCAGCCGCGCUGCUGCUGGUGGUAGGGUUCGGAUCGUAGAGAGGGGUGUGGGGCUGGAGCAGAACCUCCUUCCUCCGUCCCUCCGCCGCUUGUUGGACGCACUUUCCGUCGCGUCUGAGCGCGAAAAAGUAACGGCCGGAGGCUUAUUCUGUAUUACUUCCUGCGCACACAUGUCUCUCUCGAGCUCCACUUCCGCUGUGUGCGGGACCGCAACCAGGGUGAACAGGGCAACAACGUGUGUGAAACCUGCGAGGCGGCGGCCCCCCCCUCCUCCCCAUACAUCGCUUACGACUCCAGCAGUUUGGGACUUUGGGCGCCGGCAGUUCGCCGACUUCUGAUUCCCCCCCUUGCAUAUGAUGUCCCCCUUCCAUCAUCCACAACCCCCAAGAACUUCUUGGAUUGAAUCCACACGCUUCCCCCCCUGGGCCAAUAGUUCUCACUCGCCCUGGGAAGCACCAUCGCGGAAGCACCCAUUGCGUGGACCAGCGUGCCUACAGUCCCACCAAAGGAAUCAUCAGGCAUAACUUCUUCGUUUUCUUCGUCUUCUUUAGUUCCCCUAAAGGGGAUGAACCAAAGUCUCUUCUUCUUCCCCUUUAGGGGACUCCGUCCCCUUUAGGGGAAG